AUAAGAUCAAUAGUCGCCAACUAUAUUUGCUUUCAUAACCGCGGCAUCCCAACCAAUGACCCCUUAGGAUUGAACAGGAGCGGGCCAAAGUGUGGCGAGCCAAGAGUGAGAGGGCGAGGCAGAGUGUCAUGUACAGGAUAGUCAGAAGAUUAAUAUUUUUUUUCUUGUGCUAUAGAACAGCAAGAAGGACAACAAAACAUAUGGAGAACAGAGCAAACAACAAAAAAAAAUACACGACUUAUGUAAUCUGUCUUGUGUUCAGAACGUUGCUCAAACAGCUUAUAUAUAACCCUUUAACCUUUGCAUCGUUUUUUGAUCCCAUUAUUACUCGUACGUUUAUCCGCUUUCCUAUCCAUCUAUAAUCACCAUGGUUGAAAGAUCGUGGCUGACUAGGAUCACAACCAACGUCUA